CGAACCCUGAGGCGUAGUAUCGGCGCGUGGAACUUCACUCGGUGGCUGGCCGGCGUGCGCGCAACAUGGAGCGUGCUGUCGCGCUCCUAUUUUUAUGUUUAAGCGUCGCGCGCGCAGAAAUAUUGACACCCCCGUACUUUAACUUAGCACUCGGAAAGAAAAUUACCGCGACAGCGACGUGCGGCGAUGAAGGCUCGGAGCUGUACUGUAAGCUGGCCGGCGCCAACGCCGACCACGACGAACAUGUGAUACAAGGACAGGUUUGCGACAUUUGUGAUGCUAACAAUGAAGCAAAGAAACAUCCACCGGAGUACGCAGUUGACAGCAUGGAGACCUGGUGGCAGAGUCCGCCCCUGUCUAGAGGAAUGAAGUACAACGAAGUCAACUUGACUAUUGACCUCGGCCAAGAAUUCCACGUGGCUUACGUUUUUGUACGAAUGGGCAACUCACCUCGUCCUGGACUCUGGGUAUUGGAAAAGUCUACUGAUUACGGAAAAACCUUCAAACCUUGGCAAUAUUUCUCAGAUUCACCUCAAGAUUGUGAAAGAUUUUUCGGAAAAGAGAGCUUGCAGCCAAUUACAAGAGAUGAUUCUGUGAUCUGCAGCACUGAAUAUUCCAAAAUUGUUCCCUUAGAAGGGGGAGAGAUCCCCAUUUCACUUCUAAACUACCGGCCAUCGUCUAACAAAUACUUCGACUCGCCAGUUCUACAAGAGUGGACAAGAGCAACCAACGUGAGACUUCGACUUCUCCGAACAAAGAAUUUACUUGGACAUCUAAUGUCUGUGGCAAGACAAGACCCUACUGUAACCAGACGAUACUUUUACAGUAUCAAAGACAUCAGUAUAGGCGGUCGGUGUAUGUGCAACGGUCACGCAGACAAUUGCGACCCUGCCGACCCCCAGAGCAACACCAACAUCUUGGUGUGUCGUUGCCAACAUAACACAUGCGGACCGCAAUGUGCCGCUUGCUGUCCAGGCUUUGAACAAAAGAAAUGGCGCAUAUCACAAAAUUGGAAUAGAUUCGCUUGCGAACCUUGUAAUUGUCACAAUCACACAACUGAAUGCGCUUACGAUCCUGAGAUUGACGAGAAGCGUCUCUCUCUGGAUAUCCACGGCAAUUACGAGGGCGGUGGAGUUUGUAAGAAUUGUCAACACAAUACUGAGGGCAUUAAUUGUAACAAAUGCAAACCAACGUUCUACAGACCUUACGGAAAGAAAUGGGAUGAGAUCGACGUAUGUCAACCUUGUAAUUGCGACCUGCACUACUCUACGGGUAAUUGUGAAGAAGAAACUGGUCGUUGUGAAUGUAGACGAGAGUAUAAUCCACCGAACUGCGAUUCUUGUGCCUACGGCUAUUUCGACUAUCCUGAUUGUAAACCGUGUACGUGUAACUUGAAUGGCACCGAGGGCGACAAUUGCACACCGACAGAUGGCUUAUGUCCAUGCAAAUACAACUUUGCAGGAAAAUCUUGUGAAAUAUGUCAAGAUGGCUUCUAUUCACCUGAAUGUAAAAAUUGCGAGUGUAAUUCAGUGGGUUCCGUAUCCCACGUUUGCGACAAAGAAACUGGCAACUGUACUUGUAAGAGUAAAUACAGCGGUCGCACUUGCAACCAAUGUGAAGCUGGUUAUUAUAACUAUCCAACGUGUAAACACUGCAACUGUGACACCAGCGGAACAGAAGCUACCAUUUGUGAUGACGUCAGUGGUCAAUGUAUCUGCAAAGAUGGAUUUGGCGGCGCUCGUUGUGACCAAUGUCUUUCUGGAUACUAUAUGGAAGUGAAAGGCCGUGAACGCCUCUGCGUGCCAUGUAACUGCUCUCCUACUGGUUCCACCUCCACCAGCUGCUCCGCUGACGGAAAAUGCAACUGCCUUUCAAACUUCGGUGGCAAGCAAUGCGAUCAAUGCUCGCCUGGAUAUUAUAAGUACCCUGAAUGUUUACCUUGCAAUUGCGAUUUGGCUGGUUCUAUUGGUUCCACGUGCGAUGACAACGGCCUCUGUCAUUGCAAACCAAACUUCGAUGGAGCGAAAUGUGACAAGUGCAAGGAACAAUUCUAUAACUACCCCGCUUGUGAGGAAUGUAACUGUGAUCCCAAGGGUGUUAUAGCCUCGUUUGCAGGUUGUGGGUCCGUACCGGCUGGUGAGCUAUGCCAAUGCAAAGAUCGUGUGCAAGGUCGCAUCUGUAAUGAUUGCAAAGCCUUAUUCUGGAACUUGCAAGAAUACAAUCCUCUAGGAUGUGAAGAAUGCAAUUGCUACCUGCCUGGUACGCUGGGUGGGUUGGGAGCGUGCGACACCCGCUCUGGUCAGUGCACAUGCAAGAUGAAUGUCGACGGUUCUCAAUGUGAUCAGUGUCAAAGCGGCUUCUACAAUCUGCAGAAUAAUAACCUCUUCGGAUGUACCGAAUGUGACUGUGACAUUGGCGGUUCCAUCGACAACAACUGCGACAAAAGCACUGGUCAGUGCCGAUGUCACUCGCGCGUCGACGGCCGCCGCUGCGAUCGCCCCAUCCGCGCCCACUACUUCCCCACCCUCCACCAGUUCCAGUACGAAGUUGAAGAAGGUCUCACACAAUCAGGUCCAGUCCGAUACAGAGACUCGGAGGAAGUCUUCCCCGGUUAUUCCUGGAAAGGAUAUGUCGUAUUUUCUGUGUUACAGAACGAAGUAAUUAACGUGGUGCACAUCGGAAAAUCAUCUUUAUACCGAAUGGUGAUUAAAUACGCAAACCCCUUACGCGACUUAGUAACCACGUCAAUUAUUAUAACACCAGAGAGCGUUGUCGAUACGCAGCAAAUGUUCAAUGUAUUUUUGCGGCCGACUGAACAUCCCCAGCUAGUGACAGUAACGUUGGAAAAAGGUAACGCACCAGCACCGUUUGUAAUGAAUGCCGGCAACUGGACUGUUACUAUCAAGACAACGAGAGAAGUUAUGAUUGACUACUUCGUUCUAAUACCUGAAGCAUACUACGAAGCGACUGUUCUAACUAAACUAGUUGACAAACCAUGCGGUAUUGGAGAACGCAAUCUUUGUCGCCAUUUUGCUUACCCAAGCCUCAGGGGACUUCCUACAGCUAAUAUAACAACUUUAAUCACCCCAGUAACUGAAUACGUCAACAAUCCAGAGCAACUGAGAGAGUACAGCUUAGGGCCAGCUGAUAUCCCACUAUUGAUUAACGAACAAAAUGAACUACAAUACGACAUGAAAAUCGAACCAAGCGGCCCUUACAUUCUUGUAAUAGAGUACGUUACGCCGGUUAAUAACACAGGAAGCCCUGGAAUUGAUGUGACUAUAUCGAAUGUAACAGACGAUAACAGUCCAAAAGGAAUUAUUGCAAUUCGAUUCCAAGCUGGUGAUGGGCCAGAGACAAGUGCUAUCGUGAAUUUAAACGACUGUCCUUACACAGCUCCUUGCAGACAAGUAGUAGCGGAUGACCUCUCUAAGAUCAUAACUGUGAAUGUUAUGGAACCAAACAAUGUGAUGUAUUUAGAGGGCGACACCGAUACUCUUGUGGGAAUUAAAUCGGUCGUAGCAAUUCCUGAAGCCAUCUGGCAUCUUGAUUAUAUCACACCUCGUCCAUACUGCUUAAGGCGCAAUGGAAAAUGCAGUCCGGGAGUAUUUGCGGCUGCAGUUGACUCCAAAAAGGUUGAAGUGGAAGCAGGAACAGGAGGUGGCCGCGAUACUCGACCUUCAAUCCUAGAUAAUUCAACAUCAGUCGUUUAUCUCGGUUCAACCUCGGAACCUAUUAAGUUAGAAUCCAAAGUACCUACACCAGGAGACUACGUCUUUGUCGUACAUUACUUCCAGCCUAAUAAUCCAGAAAGCAAUGCGGAAAUUACUGUUACCAUUGACGACCAGAAAUACGAAGCCGCUUUACCCAUAGAACAUUGUCCGUCUAACUCUGGAUGCAGAGCUCUGAUAACGCUCACGAAUGGAAACACGCAGUUUUCUGUCAACGAAAACUUCACUUUAAAUUUCAAGGAUAACACAAGCAAAGGAGUUUGGUUGGAUUACGUCCUUGUAAUAGAAAAACCAGACUACAUGGACACUGCAAUUAAAGAAGCGAACACACUAGAUUACACAAGAGAGUUUAUAGAAAACUGCGCUAUGAAUCAUUACUACAUAAACCCCAAUGAAACUGGUUUCUGCCGUGACGCAAUGUUUUCCAUCACCUCCGAAUACAAUAGCGGAGCUUUAAGUUGCCUUUGCGACUUCAUGGGUUCUACGGAGCUGGAAUGCAACACAUUCGGUGGACAAUGUCCUUGUAAGCCCAACGUUAUUGGACGAACCUGCAGCGCCUGCAAAACUGGUUUCUACGGUUUCCCUAACUGCAAACCUUGCAAUUGUCCUUUGACUGCCAUUUGUGAUGAUGAUGGUCAAUGUAUUUGCCCGAAGAAUGUGGAAGGUGAUAAUUGUGAUCGUUGUAAGCCAUUCACCUUUAAUUUCGACGUGCAGCGCGGCUGCGAUGACUGCAACUGCAACCCUCUAGGUGUAGUCGGCAACCAACUACAAUGCGAGGCAGACAGUGGCAACUGCGAUUGUAAAGAAAACGUAAUAGGCAGAACUUGUGAUCACUGUGUACCUGGCCAUUACGCCUUCCCUGAUUGUUUAGAAUGUUCUUGCAACUUACACGGCACAACUGAAGACGUGUGCGAUCAAAACACUGCCCAGUGUUAUUGUAAAAAGCACGUACGAGGUCAAGCAUGUGAUACCUGUAAAGAUGAAUAUUUCAACUUACAACCAGACAAUCCCGAUGGUUGUACAAAAUGUUACUGUUUCGGCAAAACUACACGGUGCACCAGCUCAUACUUGACAUGGGCCGAGAUCAGUGGGAUGAGCGGUUGGUACCUAGUAAACAUUGAAGUGAACCGCAGUCUUAACAUUUUCCCCUACACCAUUGCCCCCACUAUUCUAAACGAAACCAUAAUAGGGGCUGAGUUCGUAAGCAAUGGUGAUGAACAAAAAGUAGUUUACUUUGGUGCCCCGGAAUUUUAUCUAGGACAACGUCUCACGUCAUACGGAGGAUACCUUACUUAUACUGUUUUUUACACCACCCAAGACGAAGGAUAUGCUGUGAUUGAGGCUGACGUUAUUAUUGGUGGUGCUAAUGGAUAUAUAGUACACAACAGUGUGGAGCAACCACCAUCAGUCGUCAACUGGCGACAUAGCGUCAGAAUAAGCGAAGAUGAAUUUACCAAUCUCGAUGGUAGCGCCGUAACCAGAGAUCAAUUUAUGAACGUACUUGUUAAUGUGACCAGCAUUUACAUCCGGGCAACCUAUUGGCAUGAACCUGUCACAACAAGAUUGAUGAGUGUGAGUUUAGAUGUCGCCGUGGAAGACUUUGCUGACGGUAGACAAGCUUCAUCUGUAGAAGACUGCCAAUGUCCCAAGGCGUAUCGCGGUCUGUCAUGCGAACAGUGUGCUGAAGGCUAUUACAGACUUAGCACCGGACCCCAUGCCGGAUUCUGCGUACCAUGCCAAUGUAAUGGACAUUCAAACACAUGUGAUGUUAAUACUGGUAUUUGUCUAGAAUGCACAGACUACACGAUGGGAGACCACUGCGAGCAAUGUAUUCCAGGUUACCAUGGCGACGCCACGGUCGGCACUCCUCACGAUUGCCUCAUCUGCGCCUGUCCAAUGCCCUAUCCAUCUAACAACUUUGCCAUUGGCUGCGAAUUAAGCGGGAAUGGUUCUCUAAUAUCAUGUGAUUGUAAACCUGGUUAUGCUGGCGCAAGAUGUGAAUAUUGUGCGGCAGGAUACUAUGGCAUUCCCGAAAAUAUUGACGACUACUGUAAACCUUGCAACUGCUCGGGUAACAUCAACCCUAACGAUCCUAGUUCGUGCGACAGCAUUACUGGUGAUUGUCUCAAGUGUGUCAACAACACAGCUGGAGCCGCCUGUAAUCUAUGUGCCCCUGGCUUCUUUGGUGACGCUAUAUUCUCUAAGAACUGCACAGCGUGCGUGUGCGACGAGUUUGGAAUGGAGCGUUGUGAUCCCACGACUGGUACUUGUGUAUGUCGGCCGGGAGUAAUUGGGGACAAGUGUGAUCGUUGCGCGCCCGAUCACUGGGGCAUUAACAGCGGUCAAGGCUGUACACCAUGUUCCUGCGCAAUUGCCUCCGAGUCCUCCCAAUGUGAUGAUAAUACUGGACAAUGCAGAUGUGCAAAAGGAGUAACCGGAAAACAAUGCGACCAAUGUGCUGCUGGUUACUGGAACUAUACCAAAUCUGGAUGUGAUCAUUGCAAUUGUAAUACUGGGUAUUCCCUUGGAUUUAUGUGCAACGCGACUGGCCAGUGUGAAUGUCUUCCUGGUGUUAUAGGAGAAAAAUGUGACCGUUGUCCUGAAAGAUGGGUGUUAAUUCCACAUGAAGGUUGUCUCGAGUGUGAUUCGUGUACCGAUGCUUUAAUAUUCUCCAUAGAAGACCUGAGCUACAUGUUGUCCAAUGAAAGUCUAGAAUUUAAGGAUAAAGCAGACUCAUUUUUCACUACACAACGAUUGAACUACAUUUCUAAUCAAACUGAGCAACUAAAACCCAGGGUAACAGAACUACGUAACGUCGAUUUAGUCGAAGUUACAAGUGCGGUAAAAGCUCUGGAGACCAGUUCUAAGAAUUUGUUGAGAUCUGCCGAGUUUGCAGCCACCGAUAGUGAAAAUCAGAUUGGAAGGGCUGCAACAUUAGCUGCAGAUGCAGAUAAAAUGUUAGCAUCGGUUCGAGACAACAGUCAGAAAGCUAAAGAAAUAGUCACACACGUCAGUGAUUUGGCAACGGGCCUGGAACUCAGUCAACAACCUAAGGUCGACAGUGCCUUAGCCGAAGCUCAGCAAAUUAAGAGCGAUAUUUCAGCCAAAGAUCUAAAACCAAAAGAAGAAUUAGCAAUAAGUGCAAUAAACAAUGUCGAUAAUCAAGUAGAACGAAUGAAUAUUUUCGUCCAGCCUGUUAUUGAACAAACAAAGAAGUUCCAAAAAUUAGUAAACAAAACGAAAGACUUGAAGGGAAAAUUAGACGAGAUGUUACAGCACACAAAUACUGCGCAGAAAACUGCUGAUGAAGCUAAGAUAUUAAAUGAUAAGAAUAGAGAAUCCAAGUUUGGAAACAAAGUUUUGUCGGUUACCAAAUUGAAUAGUGCAGCUAUGAAAGAUCUAAUUGAUGCUGCUUUAGAUAUAAAUAACGCUACAUUCUACAAUACGUUAUCUGGAGGUAUUGUAAGAAAUUCUUCGAAAGCUUUAGAAGAUUUAAACAACGGUAAUCGCGAAAUUGAAGAAAUGCUAGCAUUGUUAGAGGACGAUUUUCCGAAGCUGAUAAAUUUGACUGAUGUAGCUUUGCAUCAUGCACAAGGGUUGAGAAACAGGGCAGAUAGUCUACGUGCUUUAGCAGAAAGGGAGAAUAACAACACUAGAACACAACAUGCGUAUAGUGCAGCCUCCGCGUAUUCAUCUAUAGUACAACAAAUAAGUGACGCAAAAAAAGCAGGCGAUGAGGCAGAAGCAUCAAUUCUAAACGCCACGAAUAUUAAUAAUAUUCUCCAUGAACAAGUUGAUCCUGCAAAGGAGAAAUCAAUGAAACUGUCAGAAACUGCAUUGAGUGCUCAACAGACCGUGGAAGAAAAGCUAAGGCCUAAUCUUACCCAUGCAGAGGAAGCAUUAAAGGAAGCUUGGAAGAUCCUUGGCGCUGCAGAUGAUGAAAAUAAUGCAAUACAAUUGUCUCUUCCGAUCAGUACAUCAACUUCUUUGGAAGCCGAAACUCAAAAAGCAUCUAAAGUAAUGGAGACUGUCAAAUCCACGAAUAAUAUAAUGUCGCAACUUGGAAAUGAUCUUGCCUCCAGUAAGGAAUGGGCACAAUCAUUACCAAAAGUGGCUGACGAUGCACAAAAAAUGACAUCAAAUAUUAAAAACUUAGUGAAUAACAUCAAAGAUAUGGAUCCCAAUAUUUCUUCGCAGUACCGUGUUGUAAAAAUGAAACAGGAAAGUCUUGAACAGCGUCGCAAAGAAGCAGACGAAAGGUUGCAAAAAUUAAGAGAACUUGUCGAACAGGCUCGUACGGUAGCCAACCGAAUGCAAUUCGGUGUGACAUUCGACCGUUGGUCAACUCUACAACCGAGACUUCCUGAUACUGUGGACGAAAUGUCUACAUCUACUCACGUAUCCACAUACUUCCGCACCAAAGAGAAGAACGGAUUCAUACUUUACUUAGGCAAUCCAAAAGAUACAAUGCUCAGGCGGACAAAGUCUGAUGACUUUAUGGUAAUUGGCAUUCAAAAUGGAUAUCCGUAUGUAGUAAUGGACAUUGGCGACAAUGCUGAAGCUGGGAAAGAACCCACUAAGAUUAGCAGUGACAAAUUUGUCGCCGAUAGUAAAUGGUAUCAAGUCAUAGUUGACAGAGUCGGGCGGAAUGUCAAAUUAUCCAUUCGCGAAUCAUUGGGCAAUGGCACGGAAUACGUACAUUCUAAGGAUGCAACUUUACCAGGACAACACACUAUCUUCAAUUUGGACAGACAAAAAUCCAAACUUUACGUCGGCGGCGUUCCAUCUGAUGCACAAUUGCAAGGUGUCAGUUUCCCUGCAUUUGAAGGUCAAAUAGAAGAACUUAUGAUAGGUGAUACACCUGUAGGACUCUGGAAUUUCAUAAGUGCUGAUAAUUUGAAGGGAGCAAGACAGAGAGACAAGUUGAUAACAUCACAAAGCGGACCACAAGAAUAUCGAUUCAAUGGACGGUCUCACGUUACAAUGCCAGGUAGAGGAUACCUUGUACCACAGAAGAACCACGUACUGCUCUUCUUCAGAACCUAUGCUCCCGAUGGACUAAUAUAUCUUGUAGGAGAAGGUAGUCACUUCUUCUCGCUUCAGAUGCAAGAUGGACGUAUUUACUUGCAGGUGUCUCUCGGAAACCCUGACGAUCUCACAAUAAUUGGAACAACGAAGGCUUACAAUGAUGGCAAAUGGCAUAGGCUAGAUGCUGGAAGAUAUUUGACUACAUGUUCACUAAAAGUAGAUGGCGAAGUUCUUAAGACAGUGUCGACAUCUGAAACGAAAGAAAUCCCCGAUUUAGAUACAAUGAACUUUGGUGGUAAUAAUAAAGGAAUUAUACAAGUCACUAAUAAAGGAUUUGAUGGUUGCAUUCGACAAAUUAGUAUAGAUGGUGUAAACAUUGAUCUAAGUGAAAAUAUGGAGUCGGUCGGCAUAGCUUAUGGCUGUCAGUUCGCCUCACUUGUCUCGCUAUCGGGCGAAGACAGUUAUCUACGCUAUGUUAACCUUACAACGGAAAACUUACAAUUGACUUUGAAAUUUAAAACAUCAAAAGCGGAUGGACUUAUUUUUGUAUAUUUAAGUAGAACACAAACUACUACAAUGUCAGAUAGUAUAUCUUUGUCAUUAAUUGGAGGUAAAUUGGUGCUGAUGAGCCAACGAGAAAAACUUGAUACAGGUCUUGGUACAUACAAUGACUCUCAGUGGCACGUCGUGACCGUGACGCACAAUAAUCAAGCAUUGCGGCUCGUCGUGGAUGACUUCGAUUAUUUCAGUACUGACACAGCGCCAGCUCCACUGCACAUUUUAGACGGGGUGUUAUUUGUCGGUGGCGUGCAACCUGGAUACCUUGUCGGAGGCAAAGUUGGGUCCAAAGCACCUUUCCAGGGUUGCAUUGCAGAUGCUACAAUAAACGGCAGGAUGCUUAACCUGCUAGAACCAUUCAGCAAUAAUAGCGUCAUAUUUGGUAGAUGUGGCACAACAACUACAACUGGCGGCGUGCCCCCAGAUCGCUUGAUCUGGGCGGCACCCGUGCCAGUCGAUGUGCUGCCCACGCCUACGUCACUGCCGCCGUUGGCCACACCUGUUCCAGAUAUUGUAACUGUUAAAGUUAAUCCAGAAGAAAAUGAAAUAAUAACAACGACGCCAACUGCACCACCAACUACAACUAGAGCGCCAUUCAAGAUAACAACGACAACUGUCCGACCAUCCACCACCACACGAAGACCUCCGCCCAAGCCAGAGGCCGGGUGUGCGUUGGCUUAUGAUACACACUAUGGCUUUGGUGACCCCUCGGAAGGAUAUAGAUUUGGCACUCGCAAUGACAGUCGCAUAGAAUACUCCAAGUUGCCAGGCCGCCAAUUGGAAGGGUUCGACUUCACAAUCACCUUCCGUACGUUCGACCAGCACGGCGGCCUUAUUUUCUACGCCGAAGCGGAUAAGGCUCCUGGCCAGUUCCUUGCGUUGUAUAUGAGGGAUGCAAAGCUUCACUUCACAUUCAAUUGCGGUGGAGAAACUGCUUUUGUACAAUCCACACAAAUGUAUAAUGGAACAGAAUGGCAUACAGUGACUGUAGUCAGAAAGGAAGGUCAUGGAAAACUAACAGUUGAUUCAGAGCGCAUUGGGGAAGCCAGUGUUACAUGCAUAUCACCAGCAAUUUUAACACCUCCAUUCUAUUAUGGAGGUCUUGGUAAUUUGUCUUCUGGUAUCCGCCAGAAUCUAAUGGACUUCUAUCAGCCAUUCAAGGGAUGCCUAAAGGGACUAAUGAUGAAUGGUCAGUAUGUCACUGAUGUUAUGUAUCGUGUCAACUCGUUGCGUUGCACUGACAACAUAGAACCUGGAGUUUACUUCGGGCCAUCUAAUAAUGUUCACAGUAACUACUUGAAGUUGCUUGAAAACUUCAAAGUUGGCUUUGAGAUUUCCAUCUCAAUGGAAGUGAAGCCACGGAAUUCCACGGGAUUGCUGCUGAGUGUACAUGGCAAGAGAGACUUUAUGAUCCUAGAGCUAUUGGAGAAUGAGGUUAUUGCCAAUGUUGAGAAUGGAAAGGGUCCCUUCCAUGCCAGUUACAAACUUGGCAACAAGUUUACACUUUGCGAUGGAAAUUGGCACAAAAUUCAUGCUGUCAAAUCUCGGCACGUGGUUUCCGUUGGUGUAGACGGACACUUCUCAGACGCUGGUCUAGGUCAGUCUGGAUCCACAGACACUAGAUCAGCGCUAUACAUCGGCGGACACGAGCGGCCCAUUUCAAAAGUUCGUGGAGUUCGGUCCCGACGUGGCUUCACUGGUUGCAUUAGGAACAUCGUCAUCAGGGAAACACCAGUACAAAUACCUCUGACUGCUGCCGGCCGUAAUACCCAUGUUGGUGUCUGCCCAACUGAUUAACUCUUCAAACCAUCUCUAAACCUAAAUGUAUUAUUUUUUGCUAGAUCACAUUAAAUUACCAAUUAGAUUCUUAAUACUCUGCAUUAAGUGACAAAAUACGUUAAUGUAACGAUCUGAAUGUUUAACAGUAUAAUAUAUCCAAUCUUAAACCUCAACUGUAUAAAAUUGUAUUUUUUUUUCACUCUAUUAAAAUUAUCUAUUCUCACAUUCUA